CGCUGUACGGGACCACGCUCUUCUGCCAGCAGACGUCGCUGUACGGGACCACGCUCUUCUGCCAGCAGACGUCGCUGUACGGAACCACGCUCCUUGUUGUUCAACGGUCCUCCAUGGCGUCUGAUCUGAGACAGGAGCUGGACUGUUCCAUCUGCCUAAGCAUGUAUACAGAUCCUGUAACCCUGAGAUGUGGCCAUAACUUCUGUCGGGUCUGUAUUGACCGUGUGCUGGAUACGCAGGAGGAAGCUGGAGUUUAUAUCUGCCCUGACUGCAGAGCAGAGUGUCAGGAGCGUCCUGUACUGCAGAGGAACAUAACACUGUGUAACAUAGUGGGGAGUUUCCUGUCUACUCGGCCAGAUCAGAGGGAUACUGGGAUCUUUUGCACUUACUGUAUUCAUUCUAUUGUACCUGCUGCUAAAUCUUGUCAGCAUUGUGAGGCUUCUCUGUGUGAUAAUCACCUGAGGGUACACAGCAAGUCAGCAGAACACGUCUUAUGUGAUCUCACCACUGCCCUGGGGAACAGGAAAUGCUCUGUCCACAAGAAGGUCCUGGAAUAUUACUGCACUGAGGAUGCUGCCUGUAUUUGUGUGUCCUGCUGUCUGAUUGGGAAACACAGAGGUCAUCAGAUGGAGUCACUGGGUGAGGCCUCUGAGAAGAAGAAGGAGAAGCUGAGACAGGUUCUGCAGAAAUUGGCUUUAAAGAGAACGGAGAAUGAGAAAAGAGUCCAGAGUCUGCAUGAGCGCAGGAGAGAAGAUCGGGGAAAAGCAGCUGGUGUAACCGCUUUGUUUAGAGACCUCAGGAAACAGCUGGAAGACCUGGAGAAGAGAGUCUUGAGUGAAAUCUCCAGGCAGGAACAGCGCGUUUCACUCUCUUUCUCUGAUACGAUCCAGCAGCUGGAAAAAAGGAAGGACGAGCUGUCCAGGAAGAUGCGUCACAUUGAGGAGCUGUGUAACAUGUCUGAUCCAGUGACUGUCUUACAGGAACCAGACACAGGUGACUUGUGUGAUACUGAUGAAACAGAGAGAUAUAAUAACCAGGUCCGUGGUGCAGAAGAUCUAGAUGUGGGUCUGAUCUCAAGGACAUUACAAACAUUAUCUGAUGUAAUAAAAGGUAUAAAUACACGGAUCUAUGUUCAGGAAGCUACAGACAUAUUACUGGAUGUAGCCAUAGCUGGCGAUAUAGAUUCUAAAUUAUAUGGUAUAAAUACAGGGGUCUAUGUGCAGGAACCUACAGACAUGUUACUGGUUGAAGCCACAGCUAGCGAUACAAAUUCUAAAUUAUAUGGUAUAAAUACAGGGGUCUACGUGCAGGAAGCUACAGACAAGUUACUGGAUGUAGACAUAGCUGGUGAUAUAAAAUCUUAUAUGUCAGGUAUAAAUACAGGGGUUUAUGUGCAGGAAGCUACAGACCUAUUACUGGAUGUAGCCACAGCUGGUAAUAAUAUACAGAUAUCUGGUGACAGGAAAACUGCAUUUAGAUCACCAAACUAUAGACCUCCAGUAACACCAGAUAGAUUUCGGUGUCGCCAGGUUAUAAGUACCAGGGGAUUCUCCUCAGGGCGACAUUACUGGGAGAUGGAUGUCAGUAAAUCAAUGAUAUGGAGGGUUGGGAUGGGUUAUCCCAGUAUAGACAGGAGAGGACGUUGGUCACCAAUUGGAUGUAAUUACAAGUCUUGGGCUUUGUGUAGGAGGGGGUAUACUCAGCUCUCAGUGAGACAUGGCAGUAUAGAGAUCCCUAUAUCUGACAAUAUCCCCUGUGACAGACUGAGGAUAUAUCUGGAUUAUGAGGCAGGGCAGCUGUCCUUUUAUUCUCUGCGUGAUCGGCUCAGACACUUAUACACCUACACUGCCACCUUCACUGAACCCAUCCAUGCUAUAUUAUGGGUUGGGGACAAUUGUAUAACUAUAUCUGGGGUACAUAGCUGGGAGAAAUUGCCAUAGGGAGUCUGCCCAGAGACUGGUGACAUCACAAGGAGGGGAAUAUGAUUGGUGGACAUUCAGCCAAUAGAAUGAAGCAAUGGGUGGUGAUACAGCUGAGCCCCACCCCUUGUGAAACUAGGUGACCAGUGUGCCAUGUUGAUGUGUAAGAAACUUAUAAAUAAACAUUUCUGUUGGAUUUCUCCGCCUCUAA